AUGCCUCGAGAAAACAGCUUCAGCGACUCUGAGGGGCGCUCCGUCACCCCAGACCCAGAGGACGAGGAUUUCAUCAUCUCUCCCGCAUCACCCAACUACUCCCAGAGGCCGCCCAUGAUCAAUGUCCACGAACGUGCAGAGCUGGAUAGGGUGAAGUCUCGGACUUCGAAGAAGUCGAUGCACUCGAAGGUGUCCAGGGCGCACCCCUCGGCUGCCACGGGUCCAACCAGAGGAUGGGCGCUGCUCCCUCCCAAGGAGAAAUUUAGGGCGGCGGUGCGCAAGAUCAUGGCGAUUCGUCGCGGGACCACGUUCAAUAGCCUGGGGGCGCGUAUUGGGGCAGAGCCAGGUGUCGACCCGCGGCGCGCUUCGGCUGACGCGACAUACGGGCACAUCCACAGGCACUGUGAAAUCGAAAUUGUGGACUAUUCAGCACUUCGAUGUAUCUCGCGCAAGUUCACGAACGAGGAGUUUAUCGACCUCAUGGACCAGGACUCGCCCGAACCAGUGAAGAGGGACCCUUGGGUGAAGGUUCGAUGGAUAAACAUUGGUGGUAUAAGUUGGGACGUCAUAAAAGCCUUGGCGAUAAAAUACGAUUUGCACCCAUUGGCGCUGGAGGAUGUCGUGAAGGGCAACCCCAGAACGCGUUCAAAAGCUGACUACUACACCAAGCAUCUGUUCCUUCGUGUCCUCUGCCAUCAACUCGCUGAAGGGGAGCAAAACCCUGGCAUCACUGGUCCCGAACGUACAACAUCUCCUGAGCCACUUGAGGACGAGUAUGAUACCCGGAGCCCGUCCGAAGAGAAAGCUGAUGAGGACCGCACUCGACUCGGUAGCCCUACUUCUUUCAGACGCCGCAAGAAUCCUGUGUUACCUACCAGUCAGAAGGACGUCAAAUUCUCGAACAUGAGCAGCGCAGAAUCUCCAAAUAGCUUAUCGAAGCUUCUGAUGAGGGAGAGUGCCGCGAAAGCAGCUCGGGAGACUCGGCAGAAGGAAGAGGCAUCCUUGAAAGCUGUCAAACAUGGUGAAAGAGUGGAAGUCGAUGUAUCAUCCAUGUUCCUCUUCUUAUUCAGAGAUGGAACCGUGAUCUCGUUACACCCAUCGACAAGCCUGACCUUCACCGCUCCCAUUUCGCAGCGGCUCAGAGCUCUUGACACCGUUCUCAGGAAGUCGGCGGACCCCUCCCUGCUCAUCUACGCCAUCCUGGACCUCAUCGUUGACAGGGCCCUCCAAGUCAUCGACCAAUACCACGCCAACAUUAACCAAUAUGAACACGACAUUCUUUUGAGACCCAAGAUGAAAACCGUGAGGAGGCUGCACAUCCUCUCUGGCGAUCUGAUCCUCCACAAACGUACACUGGAGCCUAUUAAGACGCUCGUGUACGGGCUCCGCAGAUACGAUGUUGACCGCUGUGCGGCGCUCGUCGACAGCUCCGAUCCUGCGAAUGCUGGCAUCCCGAUUGUUGGCUUUAUGAGCCACAAGUCCAAGAUCUAUCUGGCCGAUGUAUAUGAUCAUAUGGAAUAUAUCUUGUCAAGUUUGGAUAUGUUCGCAGGGAUUGCGGAGAACUUGAUUGGUUACACUUUCAAUAUUGCUUCUUAUGAAAUGAACGAAGUCAUGCGUCGUCUGACGGUGGUAACAAUCAUUUUCUUACCCAUGACCGUCCUUACUGGUUACUUCGGAAUGAACUUCGUCGACUUUUGGUCUGUGAAUAACAAUAGCGACGUUUUCUUCUGGAUCCUCGCUCUACCUAUCUUGGGGCUGACAUUCCUCGUUGUGCUAUUCUCUGACAUUGAGAAACUCUUCUAUUAUCUGAAGAAGAGGUCAGAAACCAAAAAGAUCAUGAAUGACUCGCCCUUCAACCGGAAAUUCUAA